UCUAGCUCCCCAUAUCUUUCUCAGACUGUAGUUCGCCGCGCAGUGCUUCGAAAUUGGUCUGUCAUUUUCUCAUAGCGCUCUGUUUUGUAAGCAAACGAUUUCGAGUCGUUUACUGCGGGGCUUUUUUUUAACGAGGGCGAACAACUCAGGAUACAUUCUUUACUUAAUCGUUUCUCCCCUUUUUGCCAAAAAAGAUCCGAUGUAGUCCAUGGGCUCUACGGAGGAGGAUUCGGCUUUGUACUGAAGGCGGAGAGUGAUCUGGAUACAAAAUAAUCAUUAAUUCUCCUUACAUUUAUUUCUAAUGCACGGAUAUUAGAUAUUGACUGCAAACCCACAAAUCAGCUUUCGGGAAAAUACAGGGAGAGUUCGGCGAACUGAUCCCCCCCCCAUUUGGAUUCAAGGUUCAUCUUUCAUUUUAAAGCAGUAUCUUUCGUGUAUGGUGUAAAAACGCACAAGGACGAUAUUCUAAGGAAAGACAAUUACAUGAACACUUCCACUCUUUUGCUUCUGUUCUAAUGGCAUGACUUGAAGGAGAUCGUUGCUGCACGCGGAUCAGCAGCUUCUGAGACUCGGUCUGAACAGCCCUGUUGGCCCUGAAAUGUGAUACACUGGAUCUUUACAGCACUUUGAAAAGACAAGGAGUAUUUACAGGCCAGCUUUCGGACCCCGAGUGUGAGAGGAGCGGUCGGGAAAGCGACAUCGGCUCGAUCUCGGAUGGGAAGGCGGACGUCUUCAGCUGGAGCCAUGUGGACGGCGCUGCUGCUCCUCCUCAGCGCGCUCUCCGCUUUCGCCUUCAGCCGGGUGCCGGUCCUAAUGGCGGUGGUUCGGCGGGAGCUGUCGUGCGAGGGCUACCCCAUCGAGCUGCGCUGCCCGGGCACCGACGUCAUCAUGAUCGAGACCGCCAACUUCGGCCGGACAGAUGACAAGAUCUGCGACGCCGACCCGGCCCAGAUGGAGAACACGCAGUGCUACCUGCCCGACGCCUACAAGAUCAUGUCCCAGAGGUGCAAUAACAGGACUCAGUGCGCUGUAGUCGUGGGAUCGGACGUCUUUCCGGACCCUUGCCCAGGAACGUUCAAGUACUUGGAGGUCCAAUACGAAUGCGUCCCGUACAGUAAGUACCUUCCAGUUUUCCUGUGCCCCGGUCUGUUGAGGGGAGUUUACCAGAGCGAGCACCUCUUCGCGUCGGACCACCAGUCGGGGGCCUGGUGCAAAGAUCCUCUGCAGGCCUCGGACAAGAUCUACUACAUGCCCUGGACCCCGUACAGGACAGACACUCUGACCGAGUACUCCUCCAAGGAGGACUUCAUCGCGGGCAGACCCACCACCACGUACAAACUGCCCAACCGGGUGGACGGGACGGGCUUCGUGGUCUACGACGGCGCCCUCUUCUUCAACAAGGAGCGCACGCGCAACAUUGUCAAGUUCGACCUGCGCACGCGAAUCAAGAGCGGCGAGGCCAUCAUCGCCAGCGCCAACUACCACGACACCUCGCCCUACCGCUGGGGCGGCAAGUCCGACAUCGACCUGGCGGUGGACGAGAACGGCCUGUGGGUGGUGUACGCCACCGAGCAGAACAAUGGGAAGAUCGUCAUCAGCAAGCUGAACCCCUACACCCUGCGGCUGGCGGGCACCUGGGAGACGGCCUACGACAAGCGCUCCGCCUCCAACGCCUUCAUGAUCUGCGGGAUCCUGUACGUGGUCAAGUCCGUCUACGAGGACGACGACAACGAGGCCACGGGGAACAAGAUCGACUACAUCUACAACACGGACCUGAGCAAGGACGGCUACCUGGACAUCCCCUUCCCCAACUCCUACCAGUACAUCGCCGCUGUGGAUUACAAUCCCAGGGACAACCUGCUGUACGUCUGGAACAACUACCACGUGGUGAAGUAUUCCUUGGAUUUUGGCGCACUGGACAACAGGCCAGAACUGUCUUCAUCCGUUGUGGCCAACAUGGACACCACCACCACGAGGACGACCACCAGGCCCAUCCCGGUCACGACCCCCACCACCAUCACCACCACCACCAGGGUCACCACGACGACCACCGCCGGCCCGCGGGCCCAGACCACGACCACCGUGGCUCCGGAGGUCCCCAGCCAUCCCGCCCCCUCCUCCCAGCUGCCCAACAUAGGCUUCGACCACUGCACCGCCCUGGAGGAGUCCGACCUGUCCUGGCCCCAAACGCUGCAGGGUCACGUGGCCAUGCAGCCAUGUCCUGCCGGGACGAUAGGCACCGCCACGUACGUGUGCCUGGCUCCCGACGGCUACUGGGACCCCCAAGGGCCCGACCUGAGCAACUGCACCUCCCCCUGGGUCAGCCACGUGACCAGGAAAUUAAAGUCAGGAGAGACCGCAGCCAUCAUUGCCAGGGAUCUCUCGGAACAAACCAAGAGCCACAUCCAUGCGGGGGACAUCACGUACACGGUCAAGACCAUGGGCCAGCUCGUGGAUCUGCUGGACAUGCAGCUGAAGGACCUCACCCCUGGGGGGAAAGAUAGCGCUGCCCGGAGCUUAAACAAGCUGCAGAAACGGGAACGUUUUUGCCGGGUGUAUGUGCAGGCCAUGCUGGAUACGGUGAACAACCUCCUCCAGCCGCAGGCCCACGCCGCGUGGAGGAACCUGAACACCGCGGACCAGCUCAGGGCCGCCACCAUGCUGCUGGACACGGUGGAGGAGGGGGCCUUCGUCAUGGCCGACAACCUGCUGAAGACCGACAUCGUGAGGGCAGACAACGAUAACAUAAAGUUGGAAGUGGCCAGAUUGAGCACGGAUGGGAAUCUGGCAAACGUGAAUUUCCCUCAGAGCGGUGGACAAGGGAACUCCAUCCAGCUCUCCGGGAACACCUUGAAGCAACACGGGAGGAACGGAGAGAUCAGGAUGGCUUUUGUUCUGUAUAAGCACCUGGGAGCCUACCUGUCCACCGAGAACGCCAGCCUGAAGCUGGGAGCCGAGGCCCUGUCCACCAACUACUCUGUUAUUGUCAACUCUCCCGUCAUCACCGCGGCGAUCAACAAGGAGAGCAACAAAGUCUACCUGACAGACCCUGUCUUCUUCACACUCAAGCACCUGCAGCAAUCAGAGGAGUAUUUCAACCCCAACUGCUCCUUCUGGAGUUACUCCAAGCGGACGAUGACGGGUUACUGGUCGACUCAAGACUGCCGCCUGCUGCACACCAACAGGACCCACACCACCUGCUCCUGCACGCACCUGACCAACUUCGCUGUGCUGAUGGCCCACGUGGAGGUCAAGGGCGUGGACCCGAUUCACAGCUUGCUGCUGGACGUCAUUACCUGCGUGGGCAUCCUGCUGUCCCUGGUCUGCCUGCUCAUCUGCAUCUUCACCUUCUGCUUCUUCCGCGGUCUCCAGAGCGACCGCAACACCAUCCACAAGAACCUGUGCAUCAGCCUGUUCAUCGCAGAGUCUCUCUUCCUCGUGGGAAUCAACCGGGCAGACCAGCCGAUCGCCUGCGCCGUCUUUGCCGCGCUCCUCCACUUCUUCUUCCUGGCGGCGUUCACCUGGAUGUUCCUGGAAGGGGUGCAGCUCUACAUCAUGCUGGUGGAGGUGUUCGAGAGCGAGCACUCCCGAAAAAAGUACUUCUACCUGGUGGGCUACGGCGUUCCGGCGCUCAUAGUGGCCGUGUCCGCCGCCGUGGACUACCGCAGCUACGGGACGGACCGAGUGUGCUGGCUGCGGCUCGACACCUACUUCAUCUGGAGCUUCAUAGGUCCGGCGACCUUGAUAAUUAUGCUCAACGUGGUCUUCCUUGGGAUUGCUCUCUACAAAAUGUUCCACCACACUGCCAUUCUCAAACCUGACUCGGGCUGCUUGGACAACAUCAACCAUGAGGACUACCAGCCCGAAAUCAAAUCGUGGGUUAUAGGUGCGAUUGCCCUCCUGUGCCUCCUGGGCCUCACCUGGGCCUUUGGGCUGAUGUACAUCAAUGAGAGCACGGUCGUCAUGGCCUAUCUCUUCACCAUAUUCAACUCGCUGCAAGGGAUGUUCAUCUUCAUCUUCCACUGCGUUCUUCAGAAGAAGGUGCGUAAGGAGUACGGAAAGUGUCUGCGUACGCGCUGCUGCAGUGGGAAGAGCGUGGAGACCUCCAUCGGAUCGGGGAAGAGCUCCGUUUCCCGGACGCCCGGACGCUACUCCACCGGAUCGCAGAGCCGGAUCCGCCGGAUGUGGAACGACACGGUCAGGAAACAGUCCGAGUCGUCCUUCAUCACGGGAGACGUAAACAGCUCGGCGUCGCUGAACAGAGGAGCCAUGGCUAACCAUCUUAUAACUAACGCGCUGCUGCGUCCCCAUGGCACUAACAAUCCCUAUAACACAUUGCUCGGGGAAUCGGCCUUCUUUAACAACCCUUCUGUGAGCAUGUACAACACGCAAGGGCCCUACAGAGAGACAAAGGGCAUCCUGAACAAUGCCAGGGACUCAAGUGUCAUGGAUACUCUACCACUGAAUGGUAACCACGGCAACAGCUACAGCAUCGCCAGCGGUGAGUACAUGAGCGACUGCGUCCAGAUCAUCGACCGCGGCUACAACCACAAGGAGACCACGCUGGAGAAAAAGAUCCUGAAAGAACUCACCUCCAACUACAUCCCUUCCUACCUGAACAACCACGAGCAGCGUUCCGCAGAGCAGAACCGAAACCUGAUGAACAAGCUGGUCAACAGCGUCAACAACGGCAGCAAGGACGACGGCAUCGUCCUGGACGACGUGGCCUCCUUCGGCCACGAGGAGGCCCUGGGCCUGGAGUUGAUCCGGGAGGAGUCCAACGCGCCCCUGCUUCCCCAGCGGGCCCCGCCCGGCGACGGCCACCACCACCAGCCCCCCCUCCACUACGCCCGGAGGAGGAUCCCGCAGGAGAACAGCGAGAGCUUCUUCCCGCUGCUCACCAACGAGCACACGGAGGAGGCGCCGUCGCCCCACCGGGACUCCCUGUACACCAGCAUGCCCGCGCUAACCGGCUCGCCCGGCGCCCAGCCCGCCGGAGGCGCCAAAGACCAGGCGGAGACGCCCGCCGGCAAAACCGCCGACGCCGACGACGUGUACUAUAAGAGCAUGCCCAACUUGGGCUCCAGGAGCCACGUCCACCAGCUACACACGUACUACCAGCUGGGAAGAGGCAGCAGCGACGGGUUCAUCGUCCCUCCCAACAAAGAAGACCUGUCCCCCGAAGAUCCCCCUCAAGACCCCCCCCAUCUGGUCACCAGCCUAUAGACCCUGCUUCAGUCUCCGUGGUGUCCCUGUUUCUGGUUCGACCGUCAACAGUGGUAGACGUUCUGUUUUUUAAUUUUCUUCUGUGUUCUGGGGGGGUAAAAACAAUUACGGAAAAAAAAAACAAAAAAACAAAAUGGACGCCGUUCUAGUGCUGACUGCUAAAGAGAAUACAUACAACCUGGAUGGUUGAAUGUAUUGAUGUGUGUCUUCACCUGACUAGAAUACAACGCUUUGAAUUGGGGGUUCAGUGUUUUUAUUUUUGUUUUUUUUUUUGUUUUUUUGUCAAGGCACCAAUCAAGGAGCAGCCUUCUUAAGAUCCCAUUUCUGCAAUGUUUUUUGACAGCCCAAAGGAAUUACAAAAACACGGCCCGAAACGUUCCGCCGUUAGCUGAGUGUGUAGAAUUUAAAAAAAGAAAAAAUGAAAAAAAACAAAAAAAAACUAAAUCAAACAAUAUUUUAUUAUACUUCUGUAUCCAUACUGGCUUUUUUAAAAUUUCUUCGUACCUGGCGAGCUGCAGCACAUUUUGCUGCGAUGGUCCCGGAAGUUCGAAAAAAAAUUAUGUUUUUGAACAAACCAGCGAAGGAACUCUUUAUCGUUCAUGCUAGAGAGCGUAUUUUUUGUUUUUGCUGUAAUAAUUCCAAUUAUUAAAAAAAGAGAAGAAAAAACACUAAUAACAGAGAAUUAUAUGAAAUUUCUAUGUAAAUGUACAGAUACUAGCAUUGCACAUAAUAGUAUGCUUUUUUUUUUUUUGUUCCUUCAGAACUUUUGUCUCUGUAAAUGUAGUGGUCGGAGCUUUUUAUUUCCGUUGUGCUGGUCUUGCGGGUUUAUUCAACCAGUAGAGACAUUGUUUCUUCUUCCUUGUUGAUUUUUAUUAUGAAGAAUCACUGAACAAAAACACUUUAUGAGGAUCAAUUUCUAGCCAAUGUAACCACCAAUGUUUUCAAAAACAAUUCUCUUUUUUUAUACUAUGUAGAGAAAUAAAAAGAAAUUUCAGUUUCACAAACCAGGUUAGUGGUAAACUGUUUUGACAAAAAGGUGCUCAGAGGUCAUUUUAGAAUAACUUAAACGGGGCUUGUCCUCCAAGACAGACAAGCGGACAUAUCUUUGCAUUGUAGGCGGAGCCUGUGCAUGUCAGACAUUCUAUAUUGAUCAGCGCCAGGCUCUUGUAAAGUAAAAAAAAAUAAACUGAAAAGAAAAAGAGAACAUUCAAAAUGUUGUACUUAUUAAGAGGGAAUUUGGAGCGAGUAACCUGGAAAUGUCAGUUUUGUUUUUCCUUGACAGGAAAGAUAUUUAUUUAUUUGGUUUUCUUCUUUUUUAGAUUCAAUAAUUGAAAACAUGGAUUUUCUGGUGGUAAAGAAUAUAGCAACAGAUAUAGUUUUAUUAUUAUUAUGACUUUUAUUUAUUCAUUUUAUAUGGGUUUCAAAUUGAAUGACCUCAUAACUAAUAUUUGUUGUAACAGUGAAACUUGUUUGCCAACAAAUAAAUUCCUGAUUAAGAUUUACAACAUAAUUGUUACUAAGGGUUUGUGUUUCUCUGUACAUUAAAUAUGAUGUGAAUGACUCAGCCUUAAAUCCUAUGAGCUAAGGGUGUGAGCUAAGGGUGUUUCUGUCUUUAAUAUUAAAAAUGUAAAACUA